GCAGAUGGGGCUGCCAACCAGUGUCAAGACCGAGCUUCAUGGGUUCCUGGACGCUCAGCCAGGCGUAGUCUCCUAAGGGCCGCCUGGCUCUUGGGAGCAGAAGCCAGUUUCCCGCCAUCUGCUCUCCGUGGAGGCAGUGCGCUCGCGGCUGCUGCCCUUUGGGUUCCAGCUGAGGAAGGAGCGUGGAUCCCAGACUUGUUCUUUGCCUGGGCUGCCCCUGCGGCCCCUGGGGCGGGGCUGCUGCGGCGCCAGCUCCAAGGGCGGAUGCAGGCGGGAGAGGCCUCCUGGGAGAAGCAGGGCGCGGUCCCAGCUACGCAGAGGCUAGUAUGCCUACCCUCCACUCCUCACCACGCCCCCAUCUCCGUCCGUGUACACACACUCACGCAAGCACGCCACUCCACCCAGACGCAAAGCAGGAUUCAAAAGAACAACUUUGCGUUUUCUACGCACUCCCCAUCGUCGUACUAGGGAGGAAGAAGCGGGUGAGAAACAAAACUUCUUUCUACCGUCCUGCCCGUUUCUGCCGACUUGUUCAGAGGCCGAGGCACCUCUAAGGUACUGAUGGCUCUGCAGAGGACCCAUUCGUUGCUUCUGCUUUUGCUGCUGACCCUGCUGGGGCUGGGGCUGGUCCAGCCCUCCUAUGGCCAGAAUGGCAUGUACCAGCGAUUCCUGAGGCAACAUGUGCACCCUGAGGAGACAGGUGGCAAUGAUCGCUACUGCAACAUGAUGAUGCAAAGACGGAAGAUGACUUUGUAUCACUGCAAGCGCUUCAACACCUUCAUCCAUGAAGAUAUCUGGAACAUUCGUAGUAUCUGCAGCACCACCAAAAUCCAAUGCAAGAACGGCAAGAUGAACUGCCAUGAGGGUGUAGUGAAAGUCACAGACUGCAGGGAUACAGGAAGUUCCAAGGCACCCAACUGCAGAUAUCGGGCCAUGGCGAGCAUUAGACGUGUUGUCAUUGCCUGCGAGGGUAACCCACAGGUGCCUGUGCACUUUGACGGUUAGAUGCCACCCUGCAGGGAUUAUCACAAGUGGUUGACCUUACACCUACUCCUUAAAUAGCAGUGAGUAAUACAUUUGAGCUGUCCCAGGCUCUGUCUCCUCAGCUCAUUUCUUAUUCUUUUUCUCUGUAUAACUCAUUCUAUUACAUACAUUGCACCAAAGAGAAAUGGAGACAUAAACCUAUAAUGAAUGAGGCUGGGCUUUUCUGCAAUAAGCUUCCUUUUAUAAUACUGGUCAGCUUAGCUCUCUCAGAUCCUAUCCUGUGGAAUUUAGUUAUUAUGUGUAUUUAUGUAGUAUUAUGUAGUAUUUCAAACAUUUCAAAAUGCUUUCAUCUAUGUUUAUCACAUUUUAAUACCACAGCACUUAUAAUGAUGUCAUUACAUAUAGAAGCUCAAAGUUAAGGGAUUUGCUGAAGACUGUAAAAUUAAUGGAAGAAUUGAGACAAAAAUCCAGUGCAGCUGGCCACUUAAUCAAGGCUUUUUCUACUUCAUCACAAGGAAUGUUUUGAAACUCUCUGGUUUUUUUUAUCCUUAAAAUUCACCUGUCCGGGGAGGCAUUAAAAAUUUGGAAAUGUAUGCCAGCAAAAUGUGAGCUCUGUAUUUUUUGGCUUUGUUAUGUUUGAGUUGAAUAAGAUUAAGAAAAUGAUAUUGGGAAUUUUCUUUUUCCUGAACCUUUGAAUCACCUUAGUAAGUCAAAGUAUUAAAAAAAGUACUAAAUCAUUAAGAUUCAUGUGCUUUUGCUGACUGAAAGAUUUUUUUGUUUUUCUUGUAAUAAAGGACUUAAACUGAAGGUACCUGA